AUGCUACAUCUUCUAAUACUACUUUCUCUAUCAGUGGUUCUAGGCAACAGGCAUCUCAAUCUUGAUUUCAGUAGGCAAGUAGUGUAUGCAGUGAAUUGCGGUGGACCUACUGUAAAAGCAGCGCAUAAUAUUGUGUACGAAGAGGAUCGGCUGAAGAUUGGAACAACGUCAGCAGCUGGAAUAAUAUAUGAUUUUCCGAAUGCUCAUAUCGAUGACGUUCCACUUUAUCAAACAGAACGAUUCCAUGAGGAAACAUUUGGCUAUGAAUUCGAGCUCCCCAAUGGAGAUUAUGUGCUCAUUUUGAAGUUCUCUGAAGUAUAUUUCCAAGCUCCUUAUCAGAAACUUUUCGAUAUUGUCGUGAAUGGAGUGACAAUUGUGUCUCGCAUGGACGUUUUUUCGGACGCUGGUGGAAUUGGCUACGCUUUCGACGUGCAUGCCGAGGUCAAAGUUCGAAACAAUCUUAUUUUAUUGAACGGCGAGAAAAGGGAUUAUCGAGGAAAACUGGAAGUCAAUUUCGUGAAGGGAAUCGCCGAUAAUCCGAAAAUCAACGCGAUUGCCGUUGUUCGCGGAAAUCUUGAUGAAAUGCCGAGACUCCCAAUUCCAUAUAGGCAUAGCAUUCUUGAGGGUGGGGCGACUGUUCAAGUCAUCAUACCAGGAUUUGUUGAGCUAAUGAGAUAUCCAAAGAAUAAUGUUAUCGAGGAGGAGCAACCAGCAGAAAUGUUCGUCUAUGGCGAUGAGAACACUACAGACAGAACAAAAGAGCCCCUUUCGAUUUCUGCCGAUUCUGAUGUUACUGCGAUUGCCAUGGCUGGUUCUAACAAUGAUGAUACCAAAAAAAGUCGAGCCAACGAUGAUGACGAAGAAGAACCGUGGUUCUUUACAGAGGAGGUGAAACUAACCGGCAUCAAAAUGAUCACUGGAAUACUAUCUCUUGGACCACUUUGUUUUUUUCUUUCUUAUUCGCCCGUGAAUGCUAGAAAAUAA